AUGAAUCCUUCGACAGAUCCAAAACGAUGUGAGAUGAAAGUUCUCUCGCUGGGCCUGCCGCGGUCUGGCACUCUUUCGAUGGCAAAGGCGCUCACAGCGCUGGGCUAUCGAAAUGUGCAUCAUACGCUCACAGACGCCGACGGUGGCGAAGCGGCGUGGCGUGUCUUUAACCGCGCUGCUGAUACAACUUACCCCGUACUCCCUACAUAUAAACACGAGCAGACCUUCAGCCGGGAGCAGUGGGACGAAGUGUAUGGUGGUCGUGAGGCUGUAACCGAGGCCGCUGCGAUGUUUGGCCCGCAGCUGGUCAAGGUGUACCCCGGUGCCAAGGUUGUCUUGGUGAAGAGGGACUUUGACCGGUGGUUUAACAGUCUGGAUAGAGUGGUACUAAAAGGGCUCUGGAAUCCGUUGUCUGAUUUCUUCUCUGGGGUCAUUCAGCCGCUGCUGGGCUUGUCGAGUGCUUCAGCCAUGAGGAAGGUCUUGCUGGGCUUUUUCGAAGCAAAGGACGUUGAGGGCAUACGAAAGAAUGCUCGCACUACGUUUGAUCGAUACUACAGGGAGAUAGAGGAGCUGGUGCCGCCGGGCCAGUUGCUCCACUACAGGAUGGGCGAUGGAUGGGAGCCCCUGUGCGAGUUUCUCGGGAAACCAGUGCCGGACAUGGAGUUUCCAUGGGUUAAUGAAGAGGCUGAGCUGAAGCAGAAGCAUCGUGGGAUGCUCCUCUCUUACACAGUAGCCGCGAUGGGCAGGGGCCGUGGACUCGCUUUGUGGAUGAUGGCAAGGAAGACUGGAUUUAUAACCGUGUAG